AUGGGUCAAUAGCCAAAAUGUAGGUACAUUUGAAGGUAACCGUUAAUGAAGAUUUCAGUGUGUACUGACCCUCAUCGCAUUUCAAUUUCCGCGGGAGUAAACUGACGCUUUAGUCCCUGGAAGACAAAACACAUUUAGUCCAUGGAGGUAAAAAAAAUGAUUUCAUUCCUCUACUUCUACUUGAAAGAUUAUCAUUUUGCCGUGUUUUCAUUUAGAAGUGACGCGAUUCGAAAUUCAUUUGUUAUCGCCAUAAUCAAAGGUGGCCGAUUCUCUGACAUUGCAAUAAGUAGGUUUGUAAUCUAGUUAUCCAUAUGACAAUUAAUAAUUCACGAUGUGUUUCAUUAAAUCGGAGUUCAAGGUUAGUAAUUUUAUUUCUGCUUGGUGCCCAUGGUUCGUGUGUUGCGAAUGCGCGAGUUACCGUUAAAUGUAUCUAAUUUGGUUAAAUUUUCACACGUCGCAUUACAUUACACACGUCCUUCGCUUUAUCUUUAUUUACACGGAAAUUUCAACAGGUACGAAUAGUGGUUUAUCUCAUUCAGAAUGCGAGCGCGUACCGUUUUCUCCGCCGGAUUGCCCUUUGUGUGAACCAUCCGCGAUAUUAUAAUCGCACAUAAAUAGCUUGUUUUGAUUCAAUUGUCAUAAAAAUGCUAGCCGGCUGCGAUAAUUUCUAAGAUUCAUACAUUAAGUAAGUGAUUAAUGCUUGUUGAGAAAUUGAGGCGAUAUCUAUUUAUAGACGUUAAAGAACAUAUGAAAGAAAAACGCGCGUUCAACAAUCAUUUUGCCGUUUUUAAUUAUACUGCAGGUAGUGAUUAAAAGUAAAUCUUUGUAUUUAAGAUUCGUGUUUAGGUUUCGAAACGUGCCUUUGCAUGACUCGCUUGCAAAAGAUAAACUUUCACAAUUAAACUCGUUCUUGUGUGCGUAACUGAAUAUUUAACUGGGAUUGCAGUUUUAAGUGUUCAAGGGUUGAUUGGAAACAGAAUUGGAAGAAAAAGUGCAUUAGUCAGAAUAAGACAUAUGCAGACUGUCCAUAUAAGUAUAACAAGUUGAUGCUUUCGUGGGACGAAUACGUGACGUAGAGCAACUGCUAUUGGAGCUGGUCCUCCACAGACACCUCCGCCUGAGAACUACUUCUCACUGGAAGCAUCCUUCACUUUCAUUAAGUGCGCGAUUGUCAUACGUUACACACGGUUCUGUUCGUUCGAAUUUUCGCAAAAUGACCGUUAAUAAAUCGACUACGAGUGUUACAAAAACAAAGAAGAAAAGUGCGAGUACAAGUGCGUCUACGUCGAGUACCAGUUGCACCAAGGUCACCAAAAAGGUUGUAGAUUCUUCAAAAACCACGGCCACGGGAACAUCUCGUUCGUCGUCGGCUUCCAGCCUCCAAAUCGCCGACGUGUCCCAUUUACCGGGAUCCUCCGCAUUUAAUCAAACAUAUUCGGUAACCGAAACAUUUCCGCAAGGAGGCGGUGAAAGUGUCACCACCUACGGUGCAGCCGGAGACACUUCUGUAGAAUAUCGCCAUUUCAUCAAUAAAGAAUCCUCAUCUCUACAAUCGGCAUCAAAUAUAGUGCAAGUAAGUUCCACUUUAAAUCAGUCAAAUACAAACCUGUCCACCUUUUCGGACGAUUCAAAUGCGACAUAUAUAGUAACCGAGCCAAAAGAAGAACUACGCUACACGCAAAACAAAAACGACUCGGCUUGGAACGGCAAGUUCGUAUUGGAACAGCCGAUUACUAAAAAAGGGACAAUUGUCGAGCAGUCGUCCUCGUCAUACUCCCAACAAAAAAGCUCAUCUAUUCAAAAAAGUUCCUCUAGCAGUUAUGUUGUCGAAAUCGUGGACGGUAAGGAGCGAAUAAUCGAUCGGAAACAUCACGAAUCGGGCUCCUCGACCGCCGCAAGCAGCGAAGAACAGACCUCCUCAAAAUCUGGCACAAAUAUAAUUCCCGAAUUGCACCACGUACAAAAACAGGCGCAAAGCUCGACCGUGUACGAUUCUUCCGUGCCCGAAUUAUCCCAACCCCAAACUAGUGGCUCUAAGACUAUUAAAGAGCUUCAUCGCGUAGGCGAUUCCCAGACGUCUAAUGUUUACAAAGUUGAGGAUAACAAAGCCGUUGCGCAUCCAAAGUUACGGACAGACACAAACUGGGAUGGUACGUUUACAGUGGAGAAAGUCGCGAGGGAUAAUAAAACGUCACAGACGAAGUCAGAUUCUCGAAAUUUUUUCGGACACGACUCGACCGCGGUCAAAACGAAACAGUCGGAUGUCCACAGUUACACGGAUACAAAAAACUUCCACGAUUUAGGCAGUGAUGUUAUUACAACAACUACCACGACUACGUACUACGAUUCUGCGGGAAAUGUUGUUAAUGUUGUUACUGAUGUGGAAAAUAAAAAUCCUCCACCUUCAUCGAGAACCACGUCGGAAAACGUGGAGCGUAGGACACAAAUUAGCGAUUCUCGCGAUUUCUACGGUCAUGGGAUUGACUCGCAAACGACGGUAGUGGAAAAUGUGUACGAUACUUCGGCAACUCAAAAUACUAUCGGAACCAAAGGUAAAGUUUUGCGAGAUCAUACCAUAGAUUCGAAAGAUGUGGUGUACUCCAACGAUCGUAAUUAUGGCAAAACGUCUUGGAAUGGACAGUUCACCUACGAAACUUCUCCUAAACCCAAACAACCGACUAGAUCAACGACAGACUCGCGUGAUUUUUACGGACACGGCGUCGACUCGCAAACCACCGUGGUCGAUAAUGUGUACGACACCACCGCCACCCAAAAUACCAUCGGCACCAAAGGCCGCGUUAUUAAGGAUCAUACGAUCGACUCAACGGAUGUUGUUUACUCGAACGAACGAAAUUACGGGAAAACCUCUUGGAAUGGGCAAUUCACGUACGAGACUCCCAAACACAAGCCUGGCGAUCAACCCACGCGACCCCAAGGGAGCACCACCCAAUCGUUUAUUGACGAACAAAAGACUGCGCCAGGACAAACGACCAAAUCAAUCACGGUCGUCGAGGACGUAUCCGAUACGAAAACUACCGUGAUUAAGGACUCCAAAAUGUUUGUAGACCAAAGCUACAUUACAGGGAAACCCGGCGACGAUUCACCACGGACUCGCCCCGAUCAACAAGUGCCAACGGAUCGUAAAACUACAACAUCGAAAGACAUAAUGGAUCAAACUUAUGUUAUCGACUCCACCAUGAAUGACACGAACACCACCCAUUUUAAGGACUCGCAAACAUUUGUCGACAAGCAAAGUACUUUUGAAACGUAUACUACAACAGAUGGCCGCAGGGAUCAACCUCGAGAUCGCCAUCCCAGCGGCCCCGACGACCGACGUGGACCACGGCACCCAGAUAACGAAAGACACCCACAAGAUGCGCGCGGCCCUAGGUAUCCUGAAGAUAAACGUCCAGUGACAGACUCAAAAACUACAAUUAAUACGUAUGAGAGCGUGUCAAACUUUUCCGAUACGAAAACGACUCUCGUCAAGGAUUCCCAAACUUUUAUCGACAAACAAUCGACGUUCGAAACGCACACCACGACCGAUGGAUACGGACCUGGACGUCCUCAAGGAAUUGCUGACAAACCGAAAGGUCCCGGAGAUCGCGGUGGACCAAAAUAUCCGAAACCGGAGGAUAAAACUAGCCCAGGCGCUCGAAAACCGAAAUAUCCCGGUGAGCCAGGCGAAACUGAUUCCACGACCUAUGAAAGAAGUGUCACCGAUUUUUCUGACACGAAAACUACUCUCAUUAAGGAUUCUCAAACGUUUGUUGACAAGCGCACAACCUUCGACACGUACUCCACGACGGAUCAAUUUGACGGGUCUCGACGUCCUCAAGAAAUAACUGACGGAUUGGGGCCAUCUCCAAAAGAUGAAACGGGUCCACGGCGUCCAGGAGACUCGAGAGAACCAAAGUAUCCCCAUGAUGACCGAGGACCAAAAUAUGUAGACGAAGCGACCCCGAGGCGUCCUCAAGACAAACGGCCAAUAACCGAUUCGAAAACGACUUAUGAAAGUGUCUCUGACUUUUCCGACUCGAAAACCACCGUCAUUAAAGACUCCCAAACAUUCGUUGACAAACGAACAACCUUCGACACGUACUCCACGACGGAUCAAUUUGACAACACUCGAGACAGACCUAGACGUCCUCAAGAAAUCGCUGACGAAUCUCCAAAAGAUGAAACGGGCCCACGGCGUCCAGGAGACGUGAGAAAACCAAAGUACCCUCAGGAUGGCCGAGGACCAAAAUAUCUUGACGAAACAACGCCUAGGUACCCUGACGACAAACGGCCAAUAACGGAUUCCAAAACGACCUUUUCCGACACGAAAACCACCGUCAUUAAGGAUUCGCAAACAUUCGUUGACAAGCGAACAACUCACGACACGUACUCGGCGACAGACGGACCUACUGACAAAUUAAUUCCAUCCACGGACGAUAGAAGUGGCCCAAGACGUCCAGAAGACGUGCGAGAACCCAAGUACCCCCAUGAUGGUCGAGGACCGAAAUAUCCUGACGAAACUGCGCCCAAGUAUCCCGUCGAUGGACGAUCUCCAUAUGACAAACGCCCGAUAACCGAUUCGAAAACGACAAUCGAUACCUACGAAAGCGUCUCCGAUUUCUCCGACACGAAGACCACCAUUAUUAAAGAUUCGCAAACGUUUGUCGACAAGCAAACCACCUUCGACACGUAUACGACCACCGACACGUAUGAUAGCACCAAGGAUAAACCUAGGGGCCCUCAGAGACUGGAAGACGCACCUCGAGGCCCUGAAGACACCCGAAGCCCAAGAUAUCCAAAGGAUGGACGUGCGCCAACGGGACCAGAAGAUGACGUCACCGUUGUCAAUAAAAAAUUCGUGGACGAUGUUAGACAUACUUUCAUUAAAGAAGAUAUUGUCGACAUUAAAGACAUUAAUGAGGUCACAAACAUUACGAAUGUAAAUAAGCUGGUCGAUAAUAAAGUAAUUAUAAAUGAAGUUAUAAGAAAAAUUCCGGCGAAGGAAGAAAAACCGAAGCUUCCGAAGAAAGAACAAUGCAUCUGCGAAUUGUGCAACUGCGG